AUCCUGUGAUACAAGACCACCCGGCAGCCGUGCGACGUCUGACGAAGCUGUGAAGUCAAGUUCGUCCUCGCAUUUCGGUUUCGCUCCUGGCAUCACGCACGUAACGGCGCCACGCUGCCCUAUAAAACCACCGGCCGCAAGCAACGACAUCCUGUCUAUACUAAUAUAAAUACUGCUCUGCAUAGCCGCUGCGGUGCGCACAGAAAUUUACAGCAGGAGACGACACGCACGCAGUUGAAGUAGUUGACCGCUGUGUCGCUGUGUGUAUCGUAACCAUGGCCUUCCUCACACGUCGUGCUGGCGUGCUUGCCAUCAUGGCUCUGGCUAUGGUAGCUGCGGCUUCCGCUGCGCGACCCCCCAAGGAGUUGUGCGCGAAGACAAUCGUUGUCACCGAGCUUUACAACGAGGACACGCUGUCGGUGCCUGAAUUUCUGAUGACCGAGACCAACCAGACGAAGUUCAUUGGCUACUCUCUGGGAUUCCUGGACGAGGCCGUGUGGGGCGGCAGCGGCGACUCGGGUCGGAAGGCCGGCGACGUUGUGUCUGCGUGCUUCGUUAACAGCGUGAGCGGCGACGACGGCUGGAUGCUGAACUACUGCACCACCACCCUGACCUUCGGCGACCACGGCGCCAUCUCCUGGAUGGGUCAGUUCCCGGACAAGCAGGACAACGAGUUCUACAACCCCAUCGUGGGCGGCACUGGCAUCUUCGAGGGCGCCCGCGGCACCGUCCGGACCAACAUUGUUCUUGAGGCUACGCGCUGGCGCUACCAGUUCAAGCUCCUGUCCAGCCCCUUGUGCUAGAGAGCCAAGGAGGAGCCUGUUGGAGCGACAUGGCGCUCAUGCACGCUCCCUGGCAAGGUUUUCAGAUGCUUGGGCGCCGCUCACGCAGCGCCCAUGCAAGCAAGGGAGUAGUGGUGGCGCUGCUGCUGGCCCUGACUGCAGGAUCUUGUGUCGCAGUGUUUGAUGAUGCGCUAGUGUGGCCAAGAGGAAUUCAUUUACGUUCGGCAGGGGGGAUGCAAUUGAGCGCCAGGGGCCCGCAGCGGCUGUGUACGGUAAUGCACAUGUGUGCGUGCCAAGCAGCGCUCGCCAGCCGAGGCUGAAAUAACAUGUAACAUUAUUUCGAG